UGUUGGGCUGUGAUGACGAAUUCCUUGAUGGGAAAUAACCCAUUCUAACUGACCGGGGAUGACAAAGACAACAGGAUACCGAGACUGGAGAUGGCAGGCUCUUUGGUGGAAUUACUUCUUUUUCUUGUGGAGUACAAUAAACGGACAGACUCGUUACAGCAUCCCAGAGGAACUGAAAAAGGGAUCUGUGGUAGGGAAUCUAGCCAAAGAUCUGGGUCUGGGACUAUCUGAGAUUUUUGACCGUAAUCUGCGUGUCGCCUCUGAGGCUGGUGAGCAGUAUUUCAGUGUGGAUGCGGGGAAGGGCGAGCUGGUGGUGAAUGACAGAAUAGACAGAGAGGCUUUAUGCGGACAAAGCGCCAGCUGUGUGUUGCCUUUACAGGUUGUAACAGAGAACCCGCUACAACUACACCGGAUAGAAGUAGAAAUAAGGGACAUCAAUGACAAUUCUCCUAUUUUUUCAACGGAGGAGCGAUCUUUAAAGAUAGCAGAAUCUACUGCCACAGGCAUUCGCUUUCCUUUAGAAACAGCGCAGGAUCUGGACGUUGGUAGUAAUUCGGUAAAAUCAUAUACUUUAAGUAAAGAUGAGUGUUUUAGUUUGAAGAUUAAAGAGCUGUCUGGUAAUCGAAAAGUUCCAGAACUAGUUCUAGAGAAAUCGCUUGACAGAGAGAAACAAAGUGUCCAUCAUUUAUUACUGACAGCUUUAGACGGAGGCAACCCUGUCAAAACUGGAACCGCAAAAAUCCUGGUUACUGUACUCGACAACAACGACAACGUUCCUGUAUUCAAAAAUUCGUUGUAUAAUGUAACUGUACAUGAAAAUAAUUUCGCUGGUUCUCUGCUUGUAAAAGUUGAAGCAACAGACGCAGACGAGGGUGUUAAUGGAGAGAUCGAAUACACAUUUGCUGAGCAUACACCCCAAUCGAUAUUGUCUAUUUUUCAAUUGGAUCCAGGUACUGGUAAAAUCACCUUGGUAGGGCAGUUAGAUUACGAAAUCAGUGCAAUGCAUGAAAUAGAUAUUACUGCAAAAGAUAAAGGAGUUCCUGAGAUGGAGGGCCACUGUCGUGUGCAAGUGAUAGUACUGGAUAUUAAUGAUAAUGCCCCAGAAAUAGUUCUCACCUCAAACCCAAACCCAGUACGUGAGGAUGCACCAAGAGGCACAGUUGUAGCCUUAAUCAGUGCGCGAGACCUUGACUCUGGUAAUAACGGUAAAGUGAUGUUAAGAGUGAAAAAUGGUGCUGCCUUCAUUUUAAAACCAUCGUUUUCUAAUAAUUAUGCACUGGUUACAAAUGGUUUAUUAGACAGAGAAAGCUUCUCGGAGUAUAAUAUUGAGAUAACAGCCAGUGAUGCAGGCUCUCCUCCUCUGUCCAGUAAGAAAAUUAUACCUGUCAGCAUCACUGAUGUGAACGACAACCCUCCUAUAUUUACUCAGAACUCCUAUAAUGUGUAUUUAAAAGAGAAUGGGGUACCAGGCUCUAUACUGUACUCAGUGUCAGCAUCUGACCUGGACUUUGGUGAAAAUGCCAAAACAUCUUACUCUAUUCUGGACUCUAAAGUGCAGGAUGUUUCUGUCUCAUCUUAUGUUUACAUUAACUCAGAUAACGGCAGCAUCUACUGCAUGCACUCGUUUGACUAUGAGAAACUGAAGGUGUUUCAGAUUCAGGUUCAGGCAAAGGAUCAGGGCUCUCCGUCUCUCAGCAGCAACGCCACUGUCCAUGUUUUUAUCCUGGAUCAGAACGACAAUGCCCCCGCUGUUAUUUACCCCUCCUCCGCUGCCCUGGGAUCCCUCUCUCAUCAGAGGAUGCCCCGCUCCGCUAAAGCAGGCCACCUGGUUACUAAGGUGACGGCCGUGGACGCUGAUUCGGGUCAUAACGCCUGGAUCUCCUACAAACUGGCAGAGGCCACAGACGCCUCUCUGUUCACUGUCAAUCUGUACACAGGGGAGGUGAGGACUAAACGCGCUGUGUCCGAGUGCUGUCGGAUUGACAGUGAACAGAGAGGCGUCUGUGGCCUCCGCCAGUUUGUAGGAGAUCCAGGCGUUAUGACCCGAAUCAGCGUCCACGGCCGUCACCUUAGUAACCAGGUGGCCAGCUUUAGCGGAGCGGGGCAUCCUCUGAUGAGAGAGGGAGCCCAGGGCAGCGGAGGAGGGGUAAAUAACAGCGGGGGCAUUGUCGUUCUGGUCCAGGAUAAAAACAUGGACAGUGGCGUUGCUGCUGAGAGACGGAGAGCCCUGAUCCUUUGCCUGAACCUGAAUCUGAAACACCUUCAGUUUCUCAUAGUCAAACGAGUGCAUGCUAUGUCUCCGAUGUCAGAGUACAGUGAUUUCACGUUGAUUAAGCCCAGCAGCACCAAUGACUUUAAGGAGGUGAUCAGUGUUCUGGAUGCGUCUUUACCAGACAGCACCUGGACCUUUGAGGGUCAGCAGGUGAGCAAAACAAAAUGCUUUUUCAACUUACAUCUAUCUAUCUAUCUAUCUAUCUAUCUAUCU